AUGACAAAUGAUCGAAAAUUCGGAUAUGAAAUUAAUAAAACCGUUCGGAAAAGACGACGUGAUAUAAGGAGCACGACAUCCACCGACAGACUUCUCAACAGUAGCACAGGUUCGGGUUUGUCGCAAUCGAAAACAGCAAUCGGUGCACAUGUAUUGCAUUCGAUUCCGCCCAAGACGAGUUCAAAAUCCAAUCACAGGCCCUAUCAUCAAACGACAACGUCUACGGUGUCCAAGCACGCAAAAUAUGAUAAAGUCCCGACUCAGGACAACCUGCAUCGAACCUACGAUAUUAAUAGUAAAAAAUUAGUUUCUAAAGUUCCUAAAUUUUACAAAGUUCUACCGCAGACAUCCGUGAAAAAAAACGACGACAUGGGGAUCGACAGCAAGUCACAAAUGAAACAAAACAUGUCGCAAAUAUUCAGCAUGGAGGAGCCCAUCAAACCCAACAAGGAUUUGUACGUCAGAACGAGACACGAUGAAAGCAUUCCGAUCAAAGACAGAAAUUCCAUUUGGCCACAGAACGAAAAUGAUGGUGACGGUCGGUCACCGCCAUUACUUACUCCCUCCUCUUUACAGAUUUUCCUUUGA